AUGAAUGAAUCUCCUUUAAAAGUAGACACAGACAAAGGUUUCGCACUUCACGGUUCAUUAUAUCUAAAAUCCAAUGCUCCAAGUGAUGCUGUUAUUAUAUUAUGUCAUGGACUUAGAGGUACAAGAUACGCACAACCCGUUCGUUACAUUGCUGAAAAUUUAAAAUAUCACGUAGUUACUUUUGAUUUUCAAGGAAAUGGUGAAAGUGGUGGAUCAACAGCUAUUGGAAAUCUUUAUGAUGAAGUUGAAAAUCUUCGUUGUAUUAUCUCUUAUGUGCGAUCAACGUUGAACCGUGAAAUUUUUAUAUGUGGUCAUAGUAAAGGUGCUGCUGUUGUCCUUUUAUACGCAUCAAUAUAUAAUGAUGUUCCAUUGGUCAUCAACAUUUCUGCCAGAUAUGAUUAUCCUAACCCCGAUUAUGUUAAGAAGGUCUUUCCUGAUAAACUUGAAAAAUUAGAAAAAGAUGGCUUUUUUGUUUGGGAGGGUGGUUCAAAUGAUUAUAUUGUUCGAAAAGAAGAUUUGGAAACGAGGUCAAAAGUAGACAUGUCUUGUGUAAAGAAUAUUAUUAAAGAAAAAGUGAGAGUUUUGACUGUUCAUGGCUCAAAGGAUGAAAUUUGUUCCAUAGAUGGUGCUUAUACUUACGAUAAGUUAAUCGGUCCCGAACCUCAUCAUAAACUUAUAGUAAUAGAAGAUGCUGAUCAUGUGUUUAGAAAACAACAAGAUGAGUUAUUGAAGGCUGUGGAAUCUUGGCUUUUUGAGAACCAAUCUUGGUAUUUAGCCAAAUAG